CUAGCCGGCUUGCAGCUUUGAUGCUGAGGGCUGCUUGCUGAGCAUGGGCAGGGUUUGAGAGAAGCUGGAUGUCCGCGGCCGGCAGCCUGCACCAGGCACUAGCUGGGUGGACGCGGCGCCUGUGUUGCUCCAGCUCCAGCCCGCACCUCCGGCCGCUCAACAUGUCCCUCAGGCCGGCCAGCGAGCGCAGGAGGGACAAGCCUCCUCCCGACACCCUGCGCCACCUCAAGUCCAGGGAGAAGAGGAAGCAUGGGGACAUGCAUGGACCUGCCACUGUGUACAUGCAGGUAGUGGGGACGGGCAGCAGGGAGAACGGUGCAUCUCUCUAUGUAUUCUCAGAAUACAACAGAUAUCUCUUCAACUGCGGUGAAGGGACACAGAGACUGAUGCAGGAACACAAGCUAAAGAUUUCUCGUCUCGACAACGUGUUUGUGACCAGGAUGAGUUGGAACAAUGUUGGAGGAUUAUCUGGUUUGAUUUUGACAUUGAAGGACACCGGGGUUCCCAAGUGUGUCUUUUCCGGACCACCACAAUUUGAGAAAUACUUGGCAGCAAUAAGAACAUUCUCUGGCUCGCUAAAAGGAAUAGAUUUAGCUGUACGCCCUUACACAGAGCCACACUACGUUGAUGAUACUAUGGCAGUGUAUCAGGUGCCCAUAUUUGCCAAACUGGACUUCAAGAAAUCCCCAGGGUCACCUGGACAAUCAAGUUCACCAAAAUCUACAAAGCGGCAACGGAAAGAUUCUGAGGAUCACCUGCAGGAAAAGCAAAAUGACAAUCCAGAAAGAAGCCCCAAAAAAUCAAGAGAUCCUUCCCUGGUAGUGGCUUUUGUUUGCAAGCUUCAUCCUAAGAAAGGAAAUUUCCUUGUUAUGAAGGCAAAGGAGCUUGGUCUUCCAGUAGGCACCUCGGCCAUCGGUCCCAUUGUUGGUGCCUUGAAGGCAGGAAAGAGUGUUGUGUUUGAGGGGAAGGAGAUCAGACCAGAAGAAGUGUGCACGCCUGCUGAUCCGGGGCCCACAUUCCUUGUAUUGGAAUGUCCCAGUCGGGAGUUUAUUCAACCCGUGUGUGAGAACGAACAGCUCCAAAAGUAUCUGGCUGGUGGGAGUGAAGGCCCGACUGCAUUAGUGGUCCACAUGGUGCCUGAGGCGGUUUUGGCAGACAAUGUAUAUAAGUCGUGGAUGGCAAGGUUUGGGCCGACCACAGAACACCUAAUCCUCAAUGAAAAUAAUCAAACCGUUCACAAUCUGCGCAGCCAUAAAAUCCAGACGCAACUCAACCUUAUUCAUUCGGACAUCUUCCCGCUAUUGAAAACCUUUCAGACCAAGGACGAGCCUGCCUCCCUCUCUGUACCAAUAGUUCGAGGUCACUGUCUGCUGAAGUAUCAACUACGGCCCAAAUUUGAAUGGCAAAGCAGGGAUGCUGUGGUUGAAGUUGACACAAAGGAAUUUAUUAACGAGGCAAUGGAAAUCCCAGGCUUCAUGGCGCAGGUUGAAGAGUGCAAGCGAGUAUUAGCUACAAACCCUGCUCUUCCAUCAGAUAAUGUUGACAAAUAUCCAGAGGUCGUUUUCCUUGGAACAGGCUCUGCGAUCCCAAUGAAGAUCCGGAAUGUUAGCUCCAUCAUUCUAAAUAUAGACUCCAAGCGGUCAAUGUUAUUGGACUGCGGUGAAGGCACCUUUGGACAACUCUGUCGCCACUAUGGCAAUGAUGUGGACAGGAUCCUCUGUAAUUUGUCAACCAUCUUUGUGUCCCACAUGCAUGCUGAUCAUCACACAGGCCUGAUAAAUAUAUUGUUGGAACGAGAAAAGGCUUUGGUUGCCCUGGGUGAACCCUUCAGCCCGGUUAUACUUGUGGGUCCAGCACAGAUCAUGAACUGGUUGAAUCAGUACCACAGUCAUUGCCAGAAGAUUCUACGACAUAUCAAUCUCAUUCCUGCAUGGCAUCUUGUGGAAGGUAGCAAAGUUACCAAGUUCAACACUCAAGACUUGAUCCACUCUUUGUUAAAGAGGCUUGAACUGGAAAAGUUUCAGACCUGCCUGGUGCGUCAUUGCAGAAAUGCCUUUGGCUGCAUCCUACAGCACAAUUCAGGCUGGAAAAUUGUGUACUCGGGAGAUACCAUGCCUUGUACAAACCUCAUUCAGACAGGGCAGAAUGCCAACCUGCUGAUUCACGAGGCUACACUGGAAGAUGGACUUGAGGAAGAAGCUAUUGAGAAAACACACAGCACAACCUCUCAAGCCAUUGAUGUGGGCAUGAAGAUGAAUGCAGAAUUCAUAAUGUUAAAUCAUUUCAGCCAGAGAUAUGCAAAGAUCCCCCUGUUCAGUGCGGACUUCAAUGAAAAAGUUGGAAUAGCAUUUGACCAUAUGAGGGUUCGGUUUGGUGACUUCAAGGUGGUGCCUAAACUCAUUCCAUCCCUGAAAACCCUAUUUGCGGAUGAGAUUGAAGAGAUGGAGGAACGGCGUGAGAAGCGGGAGCUUCGACAGUUGAAGGAGAUCCAUGGCUCUUUCAGCACAAAUGGACCAGGGACUCGGGGGCAGUCUUCAGUUCCGAGGAUCAGUGAGACGGCUGAUGAAAUGAAACGGGAGCUGGAGGGCUCUGAUCAAGAUGCGGUCCACAAAAGAGUAAAACUGACUUGAGAUACUGCUGGUGAUGAAAUCCUGGAACGCCAUUCUGUUGGCAAAGCCAAUCUUCUACAUUUGAGAAAAUAUUGAACCAGUUUUACAUUGUUGCAUAGAUGAGAUUAUUGUACAGAAUUAUUGUGAACGGGCUGAAAAUAUGCAGUUUGGAGUGAUCUGAUUAUAUUUGUUUUUUUAUUUUGAUUUUGAACAUUGCUCUGCAGUUCACAUGUGCAUUGUUCAGUACCCACACGCUCAGACAUCUUCAUCCUCUCCCGCCCUUCUUCAUAUUGCAGCGUGGCCUUUCCAGCAUCUCUGCUUCCUGCAAAUACAGACUGAAGGAACACAUCCGUUCUUCAGUUGCUCUAAAUGUGUAAGGCAAAUAAUUAAAUAUUUGAGAGGAAUAUUAUGAGAUAA